CCCUCCGAUUCGAGCUGCUGCUUCGGGAUCAGAUUUAUCACGAGCAACUCGGGUUCAUCUUCUCCCGAUCGCGGCGUACUAUCCGACUAUUCGAGUGUACCCGUUUGCGACUGGUUGUUACGUGAGUUGUGCUCGACAUGGAAAGGUAUGAGAAGGUGGAGAAGAUUGGUGAAGGGACGUAUGGAGUCGUUUACAAGGCUCGAGACCGACAAACAAAUGAGAUGAUUGCUAUUAAGAAGAUCCGGAUUAAAGAGGAGGGUGAGGGAAUCCCCGGCUUUGUCAUCAGAGAGGUCUCACUAUUAAAGGAAAUGCAUCAUUGUAACAUAGUCAGGUUGCUUGAUGUAGGGGCCUCUGAGAGAAGUGUAUAUCUAAUUUUUGAGUAUCUGGACUUGGACUUGAAGAAGCACAUGGAUUCUUGUCAAACAUUUUCAGAAGACCAUCGUUUAAUGAAGAAAUUUCUAUACCAAAUUUUAAGUGGUAUUGAGUACUGCCAUUCUCAUAGGGUUCUUCACCGUGAUCUAAAACCUCGGAAUUUGCUGAUUGACCUGCAAACUAAUACCAUAAAAAUUGCCGAUUUCGGAUUGGGUAGGGCAUUUGAUAUUCCUGUCCAGACAUUGACCGAUGAGGUUGUGACCCUGGCGUAUAGAGCACCGGAAAUUCUUCUUGGGUCUCGCCACUAUUCUACUCCAGUCGACUUGUGGUCGAUAGGUUGUAUUUUUGUAGAAAUGGUGAAUCGAUGCCCACUGUUCUGUGGAGAUUCGGAGAUUUCUCAGUUGUUCAAUAUUUUCAGAGUUUUAGGUACUCCUAAUGAAGAAACUUGGUCAGGGGUUACAUCAUUACCUCACUUCAAGUGUUCUUUUCCCAAAUGGGAUCCUAUGGAUCUGGCAGCACUGGUGCCAAAUCUUGAACCAGCAGGUGUCGACCUUCUCUCAAAAAUGCUCUGUUUGGAACCAGGAAAGAGAAUCACAGCUCGCAAAGCUCUUGAACAUGAGUACUUCAAGGAUCUUGAGAUGGUACCAUAACCUGAAUUUUCUCACUCAAAUUUAUAUGAUCUUUAGAAAUCCAUAUUACUAGGUACAAUUCUUUGUAAAGAAAGUGUUCAUUUGGUGUAUUCUUCCCACAUGUUUGCCUUGAAAGCACAACUAAACUUGAU